GACGUGAAUCGUUUGGAUGUUUUGCAGCAGUGUUUGACCAACGUGCGUGACACCGCUAAAUAGUGUCCGUCAGCACGACGAUAGAGACCUAGGCAGAACACAUAAUAUUGCAAACAUGGACGUUUUACCUAGUGGAAAUAUAUUUCGGGAAUUACAAGUGGUCCAUGAUACCGGGUACUUCUCGGCUCAACCUUCUCUGGAGGACCGAUGGCAACAGAACUGCCUUGAAAUGGAGCGUUACCUCAAGAGUGAACCAAAACUGACAUCUUUCAAAAAAAUCAGUAAGGGAUCAGGAGGAGUCCCAUGGGAAGGAUGUUACCCUGGUAACGCUUUGUCUGGAUCUCCGCCUCCAGACAAAUUCCUCAGUCCAAACAGUAUAAAAAUAGAAUACAAGGAAGAGGAGGAGGAGUCCGAGAUCCCAGAACCUCUUUAUCAACAAGAGGAAGAUGAUGAAAAUGAUGAUGAUGAAGAUGAGGAUGAUGAGGAUUAUGAUGAAGAUGAAACAGAAGCUAAAUUGGAAGAAUUAGCAGCACAUUUAAAUUUGAAUGAUCAACCAUCUGACACAAUUAGUUUACACAGUUUUAGUUCAGCGUCUAGUGGUGUAUCAUGGGAUAGCAACAAUGGUGACCCUCCAUUGUCUCCCAUAAUACCAAAAUCAAAUGACCCUUUUGCCCUUAGACUUGUUGCUCAACCAGGUCGAACUACUACUGUGGCUGUAAGAUUGAACUCUGCUGAUAUGAUAAAUCGCCACCAGCGUAUUGCAUAUGUAGCUGGUCCUAAUGGUCGAAUGCGUCCGUACACUGCGCAACCUCAGCAACGUCCACCACUUCCUGUAAAUGGACGGAUACGUCCUGAAGUCAGUCCUGACCUUCGGCGUAGAAAUCACAAAUGUCCUUAUAACGGAUGUAAAAAAGUCUAUACUAAAAGUUCACAUCUCAAAGCACAUUUACGAACACACACAGGUGAGAAGCCCUAUAAGUGUACUUGGGAAGGCUGUGACUGGAGAUUUGCACGCUCUGACGAGCUCACACGACAUUAUCGUAAACAUACAGGUUCAAAACCAUUCCGAUGUAAAGUGUGUGAGCGGUGUUUUUCACGUUCGGACCAUUUAGCAUUACAUAUGAAACGUCACCAGACAGUAGACUUAUAGCACUAGUGACAUCUAGGCAUGUAACCAAGGACACGUCAUGUGCUUUUAUCGUUUCCUAAUUUGGACAUCCUUAAGCUUUUGGAGGUUGAGAUUCUCUGGUUCAGGAUCAUCUGGAAGUUUGAAUAUACAUGAUCAAGUCACCUUGAUGCUUGAUUUGUAUGUUUCCAUUGUGAUACCAGACGUCCUGGCUAAAUGACAUGAUAGUGAAUCAUUUGUAACCAACUUUUCUAUGUUUUCUAUCAAAGUCCCUACUGUAGCCUUCAUGGAAAUGGAGAACUAUGCAUUUCAUUUAAUUAUGUUUCAACUUUCUCAUAAACAUGUGUUAAACUCAACUUUAGUAGUAACAAUUGACAUGUUGCCAAACAAUGAUGUAUCAAAGGAACAGCAAUGUGUUCUAGGUGUGAAAACAUUCUACAGAAGAUCAGUUAUCAAACAAAUACAUUUCAUAUGGAUGGAUGGAUCAAGUAUAAAGUUAAUUGAGAUUUGUGGCACACUGUGUUACUUCACAUUCUACCUCUUAAACUUAGAAGACCAUUUUUUAAAUAGUCUUGUAAUGAUGUAAAGAAACCAUCCAUCAUUCUGUCUUUAUUACAGUAAUGUCUGAAAAGGAUUAAUGGAGGAGUUUGUAGACAUCAUGUGGCUGUAAUUCCAAUUCUAAUGAAUUUUCGUCAAUUUUAUCGUUUAAAUUUCAUUAGAGGUGAUAAAUUUGGCCUAUUAUUAAAAUCCAUUAAAAUUUAUUAUGAUGAUCAUCACGUAACACCUAUCCUCUAGCUAGCUACUGAUGUCACAAGUGUCAGUGAUGUCCCCUGGAUGGCCUCCGGUGGAAAUGUUACAUAUUACACUACUGAGUUACUGAUACAUAUGUUGUACUUACCCUAGUUUGUUCAAGGAUCCUAUCAUGACAACUCAUAAUGUAUCAUAAUAUCUUGUCCCUUACUUGUACAAUUCUGUUGUCUCUGAUAAUAGCAAGUCGAAUGACCUUAUCUUUCUUUCCAAGCUUUUUUAUGUGAAGAAGUCGCUAAUUGAUGAUCAUAAAAGUCUUUCACUGGUGAUCAAAGUCACUAAGUGGUGAUUUAAAAGUCGCUAACUGGUGAACAAAAGUUGCUAACCAGUGAUCAAAAGUCGCUAACUGGUGAACAAAAGUUGCUAACCAGUGAUCAAAAGUCGCUAGGUGGUGAUUAAAAGUCGCUAACUGGUGAACAAAAGUCGCUAACUGGUGAUCAAAAAGUCGCUAACUGGUGAUCAAAAGUUGCAAACUGGCGAUUAAAAGUCGCUAACUGGUGAUAAAAAAUUGCCAACUGGUGAUUAAAAGUCGCUAACUGGUGAUGAAAAGUCACUUACUGGGGACUGAAAGUCACACACUGAUGAUCAAGUCGCUAACUGAUGAUCAAAAGUCGCUAACUGGUGAUCAAAAGUCACUAACUGGUGAAGAAAAGUCACUAACUGGUGACCAAAAGUCGCUAACUUGUGAUCAAAAGUUGCUAACUGGCAAUUAAAAGUCGCUAACUGGUGAUGAAAAGUUGCUAACUGGUGAUCAAAAGUCGCUAACUGGUGGCUGAAAGUCGCUAACUGAUGAUCAAAUAUUUGAUUGUUCCUUGUUUCUGUAUUUUGUUACCCUGUUGUCUUCACUGUACAUCCUUUGCUAUGUCUAUAUGGUUUCUGACUUAAUCUAAUACAUGUCCAUUCUUUAUGCUGGAUUUUUCUCGGAAUCAUGACUUUAUUAAUGAUGAUUAUCAGAUAUACGUUAUAUACUAUAUAGUAUACACAUGUACUGCGUUUUAAGUUUGCCUUUGUAUACAUAUGUUCAGUAACUGUGAUAUUGAUGGGGUUCAGCCACUUAUAUACAUGUAUAGAUAUAUUUAAUUAUAAAUUAUAUAACAUUAUCUUGCCUUAUACUAAUUGUGAUGGCAAUCUUUUCGUGUUACACUCUUCAUUAACAUUCAUUUCUGUUACCAUAGUUACUAGAUAAAUAGUAACAUCAGAUUGUUACCAUGGUAACUGGAUAUAGUGACAUCUGUAUGUUGCAGUAUUAACUAAAAUGGUCAGUAGUAAGAACCAAUUAUUUGUUGUUGGUCAUUAAGAGCGUUCACCCAGUGUUUUACCCAGUGUAGAUGUUUGGUGUUAUUGGAGACUCAAACUAUAAAAGAUUGCCUUAAUAUCACAAACAAUAUUACUGACUAUUAUUUGUUGCGAUUGUUGACUAGAAUCAUUUGUUUACUUCUAAUACCAUCCAUCUUGUAAGCUCAAUAUAAUUGAUAACUAUUGAAUUCUGGAUGUUAACUGUAAGUGCUUUGUAACCAUGGCUAGGAGAAUGUGUAGGAAAUCGCACUGCUUUCCUAGCUGUAUGUUCUGUGUGAGUUUGACUUGAACAAGUAAUAUCGUACUUUAAUAGUUAAACCUAUGAAUUUGAUUAUAAAUUGUUAAAAAAAAAACACCAUAGAAAUGAGUCACUGAUAACCUUAGGCUCUGAAUGACUUAUAUGUUAUUUAGCUGUAGUGAACUAAACAUGUACUAACAUUGUAAUCAUAUACAUGUAUAACCAGCUGUAAUUGAGGAGAGAAUAAAACAUGACUAUUUGUUGUGACUAUUUUUAACCCAAAGAAGGUCUCAAAGUUCUUGACAUGUACCUGUCAUCGCAUAUACAUGUUAAUUUGAUUUUCAUGUACCUGGUAAACUACUUUUUUUUUCUUUGAAAAUUUAAAUUUACUGAUACAAUGUGAAAUUUGAUCUGUAGUGAUUCAUAGUCUGUUGAUAGAGUCACUAUAUUGUGUGCCAGGACUGAUCACAGCAAAAGAUUGGAUCUAUUAGAAUAUAUCUGUAUAUCUUUUCUCUCUUAGUUUAUAUAGAAUAUUGUAAAAAUAUGCCAAAUUUAGUUUUUGUCAAGUCUUUAUAUACAAAGUAUUGUUGUCCCAAAAUGUUUUUUUUUUACACCAUGCACAUGAUUUUGUACAUGGUCAAAUAUUGCUGGACAGUUUUACAUAUACCUGACAUAACAGGUGCCAAGUAUGUUCACGAUAAAAAAACAAAGUUUCAGUUGAUAAAUUCACAAGACAGUUAUAGCCAAAAAGUCACUUUGCUAAUAUGGAACCCAAAGAUAAAGGGAGAUAACUGCUCACAUUUUGUAGAGUCUUUAAGCUAUUAUUGGUAACAAGUAAUUCAUUGUCUCAUAUGUGUUUAAACGGGCAUUACAAUCAAUAUAAGCUAUAUAUGAUGUUCUACUGUCUGGUCUACCUACAAGAGAAAAGAAAUUUACAUUCUAUGUUUCAGAAUUUGUACAGUACAGUUUCUGGUACUAAAUUGUUUUACUAUUGCUUCAGAGCUGGUUAUGCAGUAAUCUUCCCACAGAUAAUAAAGAGUUAGAACAAAGAAGCCUUGUUUUUGGUGAAAGUUGAUUUCUUGUAGUAUUCAAAUAUUUAAGUUUUUUUGAAUUCUUGAAAUGCCAUAUGCUACGUUAUAUGUUGUAUGGUAGCUACUCUAUUAAAAAAAAAAAAAAAAAAAAAAAAAAAAAAAAAAAAAAUGAAGGUGAUUCUUGAUUCAUAUAUCUCCCUAGUUAAUGUUGUUACAGAUUUAUGAGGCAAACAUUCUGAGUAGAUAUUACCAAAUGAAUUUGGAAUUGAAUUAGAAAAUUCAGUUUAGCCCUGGAAGACAAAAAUCAUAGCUUUUUAAUCAUGUUUAGGAAUUCACACCACUUUGUAACAUAUAUAAGACUACAGCAACACUAGAUUUUACCUUGUGAGGCCAAAAGUCAGUCUCUGAAUCGGAGAUUGUCACUAAGCUGGUAGACUGUAUAAACAUUGUUAGGCUGAAAUCGCAACUCUCUAUCGCUACCAUUGCCCUUCUGUGAUUUGUUUGUAUGCAAGCUUUCAUUCACAUUCCAUCUGUCCUUACGUAUAUGAUCUGACAUGUGAGAUGACUAAAACUCAUGCGUAAAUGAUCUGGAAUAUUGUAAAUACCAAAAUUUUAAAAAAAUUUGAAAGAAAGUAAAUUUUAAGUAAAUCUGGUAUAAAUGUUAAAGAGGAGUCUUAUGUGUUUUGUAUUUUCAGAACAUUCAGGUUAAGGGGAAUUAUGAAAACAAGUUUUAAUAUACUCUAUGAUUCUUUGAAGAAUGAGAAAUCAGAAUUAAAAAAAAAUUCUGAAAGAACAAAAAAAAAAAAACAUUUAAGAAACGAAGACAAAAAGGAAGAAAAUUAUGAAAGAAUCGUUAUUAUUAAAAAUCAUUUCUUUAUUUAACCAUCUUCAAUUAAAAAUGUAAUGGAUGUUGUGCUAGGAGAAGAUAAAAGUGAUACUGUAGGAAAGAUAGGUGCCUUUUUGAUAGGAUGCAAAAAUUUUUAUUCUCUUAUAAUUUUAUUUGUAUACACACAAAGAUAGGAGAAACACAUGAUUUGUACAGUUAAGUUGUUUCCAAUAUUUGACCUACAAUAAACAUGAUGAGGGGCCUGUUAGCCCAGUCUGACAUUGGUCUGCUGGAAACCUGCUAGUUAAGCCUGGCACUGUAAGUCAGCGGCCUGCUAACUGAGUCUAACAUUGGUCAGUGAGGCUCGCUUAGUAAGUCUAACGUUUGUCAGUGGGUCCUGCUAACCAAGUCUGACACUGGCCAUUGAGGCCUGCUAACCAAGUCUGACACUGGCUAGUGAGGCCUGCUAACCAAGUCUGACACUGGCCAGUGAGGCCUGCUAACCAAGACUGACAUUGGUCAAUGGGGCCUGCUAACCAAGACUGACAUUGGUCAAUGGGGCCUGCUAAACAAGUCUGACAUUGGUCAAUGGGGUCUGCUAACCAAGACUGACAUUGAUCAAUGGGGCCUGCUAACCUAGACUGACAUUGGUCAAUGGGGCCUGCUAACCUAGACUGACAUUGGUCAAUGCGGCUUGCUAACCAAGUCUGACAUUGGUCAAUGGGGCCUGUAUAUAUGAUACAUGAAAUCAGAGCAGGAAUGCUGUAGAUGUUACAGAGGUCAUGAUUUUCAUGCCUUCAUUAGAAAUUGAACCCAUGACAUCUGCUUUAUUAGUCUUAUGCUCAACUGAUAGGGCUAAAAUGAUCUCUUCAGUCAAGAGAUGAAUUGCACCUAGCAGGGUUAAAAUUACCUGAAACAAAAAUUGAUAAUUUUAGGAACACCUAUCCCGAGGCCUGGAUAUGUAAGGAGAUUCACCUCGAUAUCAAACUGAAUGUUAAGUGUAUGAAUGGACAUUCAAAAUGAUAGUAUAAUCAGUUUCUGAUUUUUGAAGAUGUGUAUACAUAAGUCUAUUGACUGUUGUAGUGCAUGUUUAUAUUGAUUUUUGUUUAUACUGUUUGUGUAUAUAUACUAUUCACAA